CUCGCGGCGAUGGAGCUCCGGGGCUCGGGAAGGUGUUCCUCGAGUACAAGGAUUUGGUCUCGGCGCUCAAGGCGCGGCAUGGAUUGCAAGGCCGGAGCUUUGACAAGAGGACCGUCCAGGCAACAUACUACCCGGAAGAUAAGUUCUCGGCUAAAGAUUAUGGUGGCUAACGCGCGGAAUUUUUUCCAGCUAUCUUCACAUCGUCUUCUAUUUGUAAAACGCAGUCGUCCAUCCAGUGUUCUUCGUUUGUUCUACGUUGUUGUUCUUAUUCUCUCUCUAACAGUGUGAAGUUUUUUUUUUCUUUGUUUUGUUUUGGUCUUUUUUUUUUGUAUCUCUAUGCAGGAUUUGGACGGCCGAGAUUGGUCGAUCCUAGUCGUUGGUUUACACGCAAGAACUUUCUUUGUUUUUUCUUCUCUCUUCAACAGGGGAUUGGUUUCUAGGGUUUUUGGAGAGCGCAAUGGCGCCAGCGGAUGGCGAUGCGUUCUCGGUGGAGGCAUUCGCUCCCCGGCGGCGCGUGGAUCAUCGCCUGUCGCUUAAGAUCUACUUCCGCACAGCCGAUAACAUCCUCAAACAGGCUAGUGUCUAUAGGCGUGAGGCUAAUACACUGGAGCUCUAUGUGUUGCUGUUGCGGUACGCCAGCUUGGUGUCGGAAACCAUUCCGGAUCAUCGACAGUACCUGGGAAGCAACCAUCUGGAUAAGUUGCAUUUGAAAAGAUGGUGGCUCAGAAACUUGUGGAGGCUUUGCAAGAGCUGGAAACGCUAAAACCUGAUGUACAAUCGCUGGUUCGUGCGAGAAAUCAGCUGGCAACUAGGCAAGCAAUUCCAGUUCGUCAGGAGAAACAACAACCUGUUUUAAGUUCUCAAGAUAAUAACGGAAAUGUAUAUAAGGCUUCCUUGUUCGAAAACAAGUUGUCGUGGAGGCUUCCCACUCCCAGUGCUGAGACCAUAGCUAGACAUUCUUUUCUCGUCUCGAAGCCUCACAUUUCGAAGCCCUUGGAGCCUUUUAAGAUCCAAUAUCCAUGCCUUUUCGACCCCGCUCCUCCGGAAGCAAACAGUGUAACGCCGCCCACUCAACCUGAGGCUCUAGAAGCUGUUUUGGACCAAAAGGAUGAAGAUGUCGUGACUCUACUUCAACCAGUGGAGCCACCCUCGCAAUUUGAUCUAGUAAAUCAGCUCUCCCCUCCCCCUGUCUCCGUUCCAGUUGAAAUGUCGCAAGAGAGCUGCUCGCCCGUCAGUAAUGAGCCUGACUUGUCGUUGGAAAUCGAUGCAUUACCGUCAAAGGAACCCAAGCACUUGCAUAUGUCAUCUUCACUGAUGAACGAGUUUAUGAGGAUGGCGAAGUCCAACACGUCAAAAAACAUUGAGACUUGUGGGGUUUUAGCCGGCUCCCUGGAAGGCGGGAAUUUCUUUGUGACUGCCCUGAUCAUUCCGAAGCAACAAGCGACUGCCAAUACCUGCGAGACGAUAGACGAGGAAGAGAUUUUCUUCGCUCAAGACAAGCGUGGCCUAUUUCAACUGGGAUGGAUUCACACACAUCCCACGCAAUCCUGUUUCAUGUCAUCCGUCGACGUUCAUACACACUACUCUUACCAGGUGAUGUUGCCAGAAGCGAUAGCGAUCGUGAUGGCACCGCAAGACGCAUCCAAAAACUUUGGAAUUUUUCGGCUCUCCGACCCUGGUGGAAUGAACGUAAUCCAGCAAUGCUCCAAGCGUGGCUUCCAUGGGCACGAUCCAACAAGCGAUGGAACGGCACUGUACCAUAGAACCAGCCAUGUAUAUCUAGACCCCAAAGUGAAAUUCGAUGUUAUUGAUCUGAGAUAAAACCUUUUUCCCGCCAAA